GCAAAGAAAAGGAAACCAAAAUACAGCGUAAAAUCCUAAUCCUAAUCGUUCAACCUUCAAACAAACCUGGAAACAAAAACCAACAUUCUUCAAUUCCAUUAUCGUCUAAACCUAGACUUAUGAGAUUUACCUCCUUCUCCUUCAAAUCCAAUCGUAACCUUAGACCCUCAUUCAUCAAUGGAGGCGAAGAACGAGCAAGUUGCAGAGUUUUGGUGUGCGAAGUCUAGUCGAGGUAACAAUCCAGUCGUCGAAGCGCAUGGCGGUUUCGGCCAAUCCAGUCGUCGAAGAAGAAGAAGAGCACGAAGGUCCCACACAUCAUCCUAUUGCACCGUCACACGAGUCGCCGUGACGCGAAACGAAGACGCUGAGAUCCAAAUCCACACUUCACCAUGAAGUUCAACGUUGCAAAUUCCACCAAUGGAUUCUAGAAGAAGCUGGAAAUCUAUGAUGACAUGAAGCUAUAAUUUCUUCCCCUAUUUCACUUUUUAUGUUGUUUCUAUUCACAAGAUUUGUUAUUCUGUUAACUAAAUUGUGUUGUGAAUUUCAGUCGUGCUUUUUGGGACAAGAGGAUCUCUCAAGAGGUUAAUGGUGAUGCUUUGGGAGAGGAAUUUAAAGGCUAUGUUUUCCAAAUUAUAAUUUCUAGUUACUCCAUAUUUCCCCUCGUUGUAAUGAUUAUAAAGGGAUUAUUUAGAAGAUAUAAAAAAAGGAACCCUGUUCAUCCUACUUAUGGAGCCUUUUAUGGAAUGGGUUUUGGAAUAGGUGCUGGUGUUGGAUGGGGUCCUGGGUUUGGUCUUGAAGUUGUUGGCUAUGUUGGAUCUGGUUGUGGCGUUGGAUUCAAUGUUGGUGUUACUCUUGCUGGCUUUGGAAUUGGGCUUCCAGCUAAUGUUAUCUUUGCCGCUCCAUAUAAUGCUUUUUUGGCAACAAAAAGCUCUGCAUUGAAGUUAGCACGUUCUGGUACACAAACCGCAGAGGAUGUUUGGAUUAGAAAUUCACCUCUUGUGUCUGAUUUUCAACGAGAAGCCGGUGAAAAGUUCUCUUGCUUUCGCCAAAAGUAUUUAUCAAUCAAUGGAACUGAUUUCUUUGACGUGAAGAACAGCUUGCCUUUGCUUACUGCAUCUGCCUGUACAUUAUUAUGUGCAGUCUCACAUUCAAAUGAAUGAAUAUCGCGACCGUGUAAUCUUGGUGGGUAUUAGUAUUUAGAUGCUUCAUAUUUAACCUGUUAUCUCAUUUCAUACUCGUAGAAGUGAAAUCUUAGGAAAGUCAGCAAACAUUAUUCAGAGGAAAGUUCGUUCCUAUAAUCCAGGUAGAAAACAUUUUAAAAUUUAUCAUCAUAAAGCAUUUUAAAGCAUGUAUUUCAUAGCUGCUGGAAAAUAUCUAUACAUCCUACACAACCAUUGCUUCUAAGAUUGGAUUUAAUUUUAUAAUUUUGAUUUAUUUUAGUUUGUCUUUGUGACUAUGUAUUACAGAGUCAGUGCCAUAAAUACCUAGCAUAACAUCAUUUUAUGUAAGUAUAUAGAUUUUCCAGCAAUGGAAUUUUCAAGAUGGUAACUACUUUCUCCCUUCACGAAAAGUUUUUUUAAUCCAACAAUGAAAUGUUUUAAACUUUUUAAUUAAUUUUGUAAGUAUAUAAAUUUUCCUGAUAUUAGUAAAGUGAGUUCCCUUUUGUACAUUGAUAGAAUGGAAAAAUGUAGAAAGUUUAGAUAUGUAACACUAGCAGAAUCUUGUUACUUAAAUUGGCUGAUUAUCUUCCCUUCGUUCUAAACUUUGCUAUUCACAUUCAAUGUUAGUCUUUUGUUUAUGUUGAUGCAGACAUUUAAGAUAAUAAAAGGAAUGAGAAUGGAUCUAUACAAAUCAAGAUACAAAAUUCUGCUAUUCACAUUCAGUAUUAAUCUCUAUUGUUACUAUGUUGUUGGAGUUGUUUGUUACUAUGUUGUAUUUGUUCAAUUUUACAUUGUACUUCAAUGUUGUAAAUUUGUAAUUUGGAUUAAGGUGGUUUGGAUUAAUAGUGUCAUCAAUUAUUUUUUUA